AUGAUCAUACUGAUCCGCCACGCGCAGAGCGAGGGCAACAAGAACCGUGACAUCCACCAGUUUAUCCCAGAUCAUCGCGUGAAACUUACGCCCGAUGGCUGGCAGCAGGCUGAAGAUGCAGGGUCCCGCCUCCGAUCGCUACUGAGGCCCGACGACACCCUCCAAUUCUUCACUUCGCCCUACCGCCGCACGCGCGAGACCACAGAAGGCAUCCUCCGCACCCUCACCUCCGACGACCCCUCGCCGUCUCCCUUUCCCCGCCACAAGAUCAAAGUCUUCGAAGAACCUAGGCUUCGUGAGCAGGACUUCGGCAACUUCCAGCCAUGCUCGACUGAAAUGGAGAGGAUGUGGCAGGAGCGCGCCGACUACGGCCACUUCUUCUACCGCAUCCCCAACGGAGAGAGCGCCGCAGAUGCCUAUGACCGCGUCAGCGGCUUCAACGAGAGCUUGUGGAGACUUUUUGGCGAAGAAGAUUUCCCGAGCGUGUGCGUCCUGGUCACGCAUGGCUUGAUGACGAGAGUGUUCCUUAUGAAGUGGUAUCACUGGUCUGUCGAAUACUUCGAGGACCUCCGGAACAUUAAUCACUGCGAGUUCAUCGUCAUGAAGCAAAGUUCGGACAACGGCAAAUUCAUCCUAGAGAAUCAACUACGCACGUGGUCGGAUCUAAAACGCCGCACUGCCACAAACCAGGGGAAUACAAUCAACGGCUCAUCAACAGGAACUACAGGUCCGCCACCUCCAUAUUCCGAUUCCCCCACCCUAGCAUCUCGCCAAUGGGGGGGAUGUGUUCAUGGAUGUAAUCAUGACAAGAUUAACUUUCCUCGACGCACACGACGUCAGAACACUGCGGAUUUGGACAAACUCGCAGCAUUACCCGGACCUGCCGUGACGGAGCCCGAGUCGGAACUGCCGGACAAUCCCGCAGGUGCUCAUGAAGGCAAUGGUGCUCCAGCAUCUUCAGAUGUUGAAGAUACCCCAACAUCAUCUGACGCUGACAGUGCGAAGCAAAAAUCCACGCCUUACGGUCUACUACGUCUUCAUCCUGGACGUGACUUUGGUGGAUCACGGUCAGGUGCAGGCACUCCAGCAGAAGGGUUUUCAGAUGAAAGCGAUUACUUCUCCUCCGCCCUUUUAAAGGGCAGCACGCACCGAGAGCGAUCCAAGGUGAGAAGACGGCACGAGAAAACGUGGAAAGAGGAGAGCGGGAUGGGUACGGGGGCAAGAGCAGAUGCGCUAGGCGACGGCGACAGCGGUGACGAAGCUGGCGAUGAUGAAGCGGAACUGACCGGCGGCGACAACCCUACAGAUGAAGAGCGGGAAGAGCUGGUGGAAGAGGCCAAGAUGAAGAGCCGCAAGGGUUUCGGUGAAGUUUACUAA